CACUCCCAAAGAACAGUGAGACAUAACGAGACGGGACCGAACGCGAAUCAUUUUUCUCGCAGUGGUGGCUGCAGCCAAAGCAGGAGAGAAAAAAAGAAAAGAAAAUCUUGCGGAAAAUAAAAUAGAUACGGUUUAGCAGCUCCUGGAAAUUAUCUUUUUAUAGUCGGGAGAAGUAACACACUUCCGGAAGAUACAAGUGGCCGCGCGAACGACGAGCUUCAUCCCGCACUUCUUCGAUUUCUUUUUUUCAACCCAAGGUAACAAAAGGAAGCACAACUGGCGCCUGUGUCGAGAUUUUACCAAAACCCCCCCGUCCGCUACCGCAAUUGGAGUUAGAAAAACACAAAUCGGGACGCAAAGCAGACCACCGCGUUCGGUCCUGUUUUCUUCCGGCCUCGGGAAGCCCGAAAGCAACAAUUAGAGGUGGUUUGGACCGGAGCGGAACGACUGGACUGCCAAUCUUGUUGCAGACCCUUUCGUGGCUCUGAGGCAAUUGUGGCAGACGACACGGCGGCCGCCGAAGUAGACCAACAGCCGGACGCUGGAGAAGAAGAAGAACGCAAACUGCAGACGGAUGAAAACAAGAAAGCAUCUAAUAGUCCAACGUUAAGUGAUAAGCUAGAACCGGAAGGGGUGGAAGAAGGUCAGCAGGAACGUCAGAAACAGAAGGAACAACAACAACAGCAGCAGCAGAGACAGAAGCCCCAAAGUGAGGCACAGGCAAUGCCAUCUGCGGUUAGCGGUGGCGGCGGUGGAAAUCAUACGGUCGGUGGAGGAGGAGGAGGGGGUGGCAAUGGAAAUAACAUGAAUCUCCCGACGAACGAAGACUGCGGCAUACGGGACGUUUGGCGACACAAUCUGGAGGAAGAAUUCCGCACAAUCCGACACAUUGUACAGAAGUACCACUUCGUGGCGAUGGAUACCGAGUUUCCGGGCGUGGUGGCGCGUCCGGUGGGAGAAUUCCGCUCGUCUGCCGACUACCAGUAUCAGUUUUUGCGCUGCAACGUGGAUCUGCUCCGGAUCAUUCAGCUUGGGCUGACAUUUAUGGAUGACGAGGGGCGCACACCGCCCGGCUUCUCGACGUGGCAGUUCAACUUCAAGUUUAAUCUGAACGAGGAUAUGUAUGCGCAGGAUUCGAUCGAUCUGCUGCAAAAUUCAGGCAUCCAGUUCAAGAAGCACGAGGAGGACGGCAUCGAUCCGUUGGAUUUCGCCGAGUUACUGAUGACGUCCGGAAUUGUGCUGAUGGAUAACAUUAACUGGCUCAGCUUCCAUUCGGGGUACGAUUUUGGAUAUUUGCUGAAGCUUUUGACGGAUCAGAACUUGCCGGCGGAGGAAAUCGAUUUCUUCGAGCUGCUACGGAUCUACUUCCCGACCAUUUACGACGUCAAGUAUUUGAUGAAAAGUUGUAAGACACUGAAGGGAGGCCUGCAGGAGGUGGCCGACCAGUUGGAGUUACGUCGCGUCGGACCGCAGCAUCAGGCCGGCUCAGAUUCGCUGCUCACCGGGAUGGCGUUCUUCAAGAUGCGCGAGAUUUUCUUCGAAGACGAGAUCGACAACGAAAAGUACUGCGGCCACCUAUACGGUUUGGGAACUUCGUUUUCCGGAAACAACGCGAGCUCUACACUGAACAACACUGCGCUCGUCACAGGCUCGACCAUGGGCUCUGGCCCAGGAGGUGGAGUUAGUGGCAACACCAACAACAAUGGUGGCACCACUAACAGUAAUAACAGUAAUAACAACAACAUCCCAACCAGUAACAACUAUCACGACAAUGGCGAAACCAACGCAGCAUCAUGAUUGCGUCUGGUGAUCCGCUAGAAACAACACAUUAAAUUAGCAAAAACACAUGCAACAGUUUGAAACGCAGCAGAAGAGUAAGGAUACACACUUUAGAACUCAAACAAAAAAAUAUAACGAGCAAGAACUAUUCUCUUUAAAGAAAACAAAUAUUUAUUACUAUUGAUCUAUCGUAAUUAUAACGACACAGCAAGAAAACAAAAGAUUAUUUCGAAACAUACAUCUCGAAACGGCACGGAACAAACGUUCAUCUAAUUUUAGGCGAAGAGAAAUAUACAUUUCUAUUUUACAUCUCUUCCCUGUUUGUUGCGAUGUGAGAUAUUGUUUUUUUUUGUUUUGACAAAGGAGUAAUGAUUUUAUUUUUUAUGACAAGCAUUUGAAGCCACCACUGAUUUUGUUUUGUUUUCCUGUUUUCAAUGACAAACGACAAAAAAAAAACAAACGAACGAAUUACUUUUCGUAUAUUUUUCACAAUUUUCACUAUUCAAACAAUUCAAAAUAAAAGUUAGAGAGACGCUCUUAUCAUACCAGACGAACACGAGAGAACGAAGAAAGUAUGUUGUAAACGUUAUCAGAUAGGUGCGUUUCGAUUAAAAUUAAAAGAAAGAGAGUGUAGGGACUUUUGUUUGUUUUGUGAACACAGGCUAGCAGGCUGGGCACUUCUAGGACCGACGAAAUAAAAAUAUCAAAAACAUGUAUUUAUUACUGAAAACAUCGUUUUUUAGCUUCAUUCAAUUUAAAGCGAAACAACAAGUUAUAAUAGAGGGUAAAAGCUGCGUUGAUUUUUUUUUUCAGUAGAUGAAAGGCCCAUCCAUCAACAAUGUGGACCUAUUUGGGAGGCGUCAGCACUUUGCGGCAAGAAAUACACGGAAAAAUAUACAAGAAAAAAAACAAACAAAAAAAAAACAAAGGGGUUAACAUCUGAUCAAAUCCGAUGUGGAAUGAAAGAUUGGCGAGGGAUCAAGAAUGUGUGGAUGUGGGUGUGUAAGGCACAUAGAAAGGGUUGCUUUCGGGACAACUAAAAAGCCAGGAAACAAAUUUCAUCUAAUGGAAGAACUUUUUCCGAUGCAAAUUGGAGUUCGAGCAAAAAAAGAGAGCGGAAAAACUUUGGAAGAAGUAAUACACAAAAUACAACAAACAAUAAAGCAUCAAUUGAUGAAGCAAAUAUAUAUUGGAAUAAAAUGUUUUAUUAAUUCACAAUUUA